GCGGCUACGUGAUGCGUCACUGCGCUUACGUGCAGUUGUACCGCCAGUCUCGCUUGAUGAGACUUCCGGUGGGAUUCUCUGUGAGAGCCGGAGGGUCGGAACCUGCAGGAUGUAUGCUGUGUACCGACAAGCGCAUCCCCCCACCGGGCUGGAGUUCUCCAUGUACUGCAACUUCUUCUCCAACUCGGAGAGGAACCUGGUGGUGGCGGGAACGUCCCAGCUCUACGUGUAUCGGCUGAACCCCAACUGCGAGAGCUCGUCCAAAGGGGAGAAAGGCUCAGAAGUGAAAGGCCACAAGGAGAAGCUGGAGCUCAUGGCUUCCUUCUCGUUCUUCGGUAACGUCAUGUCCAUGGCGAGUGUCCAGCUGGCCGGAGCCAAGAGAGACGCCCUGUUACUGAGCUUUAAGGAGGCCAAGCUUUCAGUAGUGGAGUAUGAUCCUGGCACCCACGAUCUGAAGACUCUCUCCUUACAUUACUUUGAGGAGCCGGAACUGCGGGACGGCUUCGUGCAGAACGUUCACAACCCCAAGGUGCGGGUGGAUCCCAGCGGGCGCUGCGCAGUGAUGCUGAUAUACGGCACCCAGCUGGUGGUGCUGCCCUUCCGGCGGGAUACCCUGGCAGAGGAGCACGACGGACUGGUGGGAGAGGGGCAGAAGUCCAGCUUCCUGCCCAGUUAUAUCAUCGACGUGCGGGAACUGGACGAGAAGCUGCUGAAUAUCAUCGACAUGCAGUUCCUCCAUGGAUACUACGAGCCCACCCUUCUCAUCCUGUUUGAGCCCAACCAGACAUGGCCCGGGAGAGUUGCUGUGCGACAGGACACCUGUAGCAUCGUAGCUAUUUCCCUGAACAUCAUGCAGAAAGUGCACCCAGUCAUUUGGUCCCUCACCAAUCUGCCAUACGACUGCACCCAGGCACUGGCGGUGCCCAAACCCAUUGGUGGGGUGGUGAUAUUCGCCGUGAACUCCCUUCUGUAUCUGAAUCAGAGUGUCCCUCCCUACGGCGUGUCACUGAACAGCCUGACCAAUGGAACCACUUCCUUCCCUCUCAAGCCGCAGGAGGGGCUGCGCGUCACACUCGAUUGCUCCCAGGCCACCUUCAUCUCCUAUGACAAGAUGGUGAUUUCCUUAAAGGGAGGAGAAAUCUACGUACUGACUCUCAUCACAGACGGGAUGCGCAGCGUCCGAUCAUUUCACUUCGACAAGGCGGCCGCCAGCGUCCUCACUACUUCUAUGACUCCAAUGGAGCCGGGGUAUUUGUUUCUGGGCUCGCGACUCGGCAACUCUCUUCUCCUGCGCUACACAGAGAAGGUUCAGGAUUCCCCAGCUGGGCCCAGUAAGGAUCCAGACAAACAGGAUGAGCCCCCCAAUAAGAAGAAACGAGUGGAUUCCUCUCUGGCCCGUCCUGGCGGCAGUAAAGGGAACAUGGUGGAUGAGAUUGAUGAGAUUGAGGUGUACGGCAGUGAGAUGCAGUCUGGGACACAGCUCUCCACCUAUUCCUUUGAGGUGUGUGACAGUAUCCUGAAUAUUGGGCCCUGCGCUACGGCCUCAAUGGGUGAGCCAGCCUUCCUGUCUGAAGAGUUCCAGGAGAGCCCAGAGCCCGACUUGGAAAUAGUUUUGUGUUCUGGAUAUGGGAAGAAUGGUGCCCUGUCUGUCCUGCAGAAAAGUAUCCGCCCCCAGGUGGUGACGACCUUUGAGCUCCCCGGGUGCCAUGACAUGUGGACGGUGAUAUCCAAUCACAAGAAAGAGGAGCAGGAAGGGGAGAAGGAAGGAGAAACCCCCCCUGUGGAGGCAGAAGAGGACACCAACCGACAUGGCUUCCUUAUCCUGAGCCGAGAUGAUUCUACCAUGAUCCUGCAGACGGGGCAGGAAAUCAUGGAACUGGACACCAGUGGAUUUGCCACUCAGGACCCCACAGUGUAUGCUGGGAACAUUGGAGACAAUAAAUACAUAGUACAGGUUUCCCCCCGGGGGAUCCGCCUGCUGGAAGGAGUGAACAACCUGCACUUUAUCCCUGUGGAUCUGGGCUCCCCCAUAGUGCACUGUGCCGUGGCCGACCCCUACGUGGUGAUUCUCAGCGCCGAGGGGCAGGUGUCCAUGUUUGUGCUAAAAAGUGCGGAUCCGUACGGCAAAACUCACCGGCUCGUCCCACAGAAGCCCACCCUCCAUUAUCAAUCCAAAGUGAUCGCUCUGUGCGUGUACCGGGACGUGAGUGGAAUGUUCACUACUGAGACCAGAUCCGCCCACUGUAAGGACGACCCCAUGGGCCAAAAUAUGACGGAGGGGGAGGGCACUUUCCCGGAGAUGAGUCACUCGGUAGAUGACGAGGAUGAAAUGUUAUAUGGUGAUUCCAGCCUUCUAUCCAGCCCCAAGAAGGAGGAGUCUCAAAAGAGUAACCCGCCCACAACAGAGAGAGACUUCUCCCAACACCGGGUGGAGCCUUCUCAUUGGACUGUGCUGGUGAGAGAGAAUGGAACAAUGGAGAUAUACCAGCUCCCAGACUGGCGCCUGGUGUUCCUGGUGAAGAACUUCCCCGUGGGGCAGCGGGUGCUUGUGGACAGUUCCUUUGGGCAGCCGAGCGCCACGGGGGAAGGACGGAAGGAGGAGGUCACUCGCCAGGGGGAAAUGCCAUUGGUGAAGGAAGUACUCCUUGUUGGACUUGGCAACCGGCAGAGCCGCCCCUACCUGCUGGUCCUGGUCGACUCUGAGCUUCUCAUAUACGAGGCUUUUGCGCACGAAUCCCAGGGGAAUCUCAAAGUUCGCUUUAAGAAGGUUCCGCACAACAUCAAUUUCCGAGAGAAGAAACCCCGACAGUCUAAGAAGAAAUGUGAGGGUUCCAGCGAGGAUGUGAAUGCCCGGGGCCGGGUGGCCCGCUUCCGCUAUUUCCAGGAUAUAUUUGGCUACUCGGGGGUGUUCAUUUGUGGCCCUUCCCCUCACUGGCUCCUGGUAACCUCCCGGGGGGCACUGCGCUUGCACCCCAUGACUAUUGAUGGUUUCAUCGAGUCCUUUGCCCCCUUCCACAAUAUCAAUUGCCCCAAGGGCUUCCUGUACUUCAACAGACAGGGGGAGCUGAGGAUCUGCGUGCUGCCCGCCAAUCUCUCCUACGAUGCCCCCUGGCCGGUGAGGAAGAUCCCGCUACGGUGCACGGCGCAUUAUGUCUCCUACCAUGUGGAGUCCAAGGUAUACGCUGUGACCACGAGUGUGCACGAGGUUUGCACCCGCGUCCCGCGCAUGACUGGGGAGGAGAAAGAGUUCGAGACGAUAGAAAGAGACGAGCGCUACAUCUCACCUGUGCAGGAAGCAUUUUCAAUUCAGCUGAUUUCCCCGCUGAGAUGGGAAACGAUCCCCAACACCAGGAUAGACCUGGAGGAGUGGGAACACGCCACAUGUAUGAAAACCGUGAGCCUGAAAAGUGAGGAGACGGUGUCGGGGCUGAAGGGGUACAUUGCUGUGGGUACCUGCCUCAUGCAGGGGGAGGAGGUGACCUGUAGGGGGAGGAUUCUCAUUAUGGAUAUAAUUGAAGUGGUUCCGGAGCCGGGGCAGCCGCUCACAAAGAACAAGUUCAAGGUUCUGUAUGAAAAGGAGCAGAAAGGACCAGUCACCGCCCUGUGUCACUGCAACGGGUAUUUAGUGACUGCAAUAGGGCAGAAGAUCUUCCUGUGGAGCCUAAAGGACAACGACCUGACGGGAAUGGCGUUCAUAGACACUCAGCUCUACAUCCAUCAGAUGAUCAGCGUCAAGAACUUCAUCCUGGCGGCGGAUCUAAUGAAGAGCAUCUCGUUACUGCGCUACCAGGAGGAGAGCAAGACCCUGUCCCUCGUUAGCAGGGAUGUGAAGCCGCUGGAAGUUUACAGUGUGGAGUUUCUUGUGGAUAAUAACCAGCUCGGCUUCCUGGUUUCAGAUCGGGACAGAAACCUUAUCUUGUACAUGUACCUUCCUGCAGCUAAGGAGAGUUUCGGGGGGAUGCGGUUGUUGCGUCGCGCAGACUUUCACGCCGGCUCCAACAUCAACUCGUUCUGGAGGACUCCGUGCCGGGGGGGCAGCGAGGGGCCGAGCCGGAAGGCGGUUCUGUGGGACAAUAAGCACAUCACAUGGUUCGCUACGCUGGACGGAGGGGUGGGGCUUCUGCUGCCCAUGCAGGAAAAGACCUACCGGCGCCUCCUCAUGUUACAGAAUGCGCUGACUGUCCUGCCCCACCAUGCCGGCCUCAACCCCCGGGCAUUCAGGAUGCUGAACUCCAGCCGGCGGAUGCUCCAGAACCCAGUGCGGAACGUUCUAGAUGGGGAACUCCUGAAUCGUUACCUGUAUCUGAGCAACAUGGAGCGCAGCGAGCUGGCCCGGAAGAUCGGCACCACAACAGAUAUUAUCCUGGAUGAUUUAUUGGAGAUCGACCGGGUGACGUCGCUGUUCUGAGCCCCCCAUGUCCCCCCCAUGUGCCCCCCCCCCAUCAGUCUUUCUGUACAGUUUGUGGUUUUUUUAUGAAAAUGAAACUUUAGAAACAA